UGUUUUCCAUCUUCUACCUGGUGGGUGAACAAAGGGUUAACCGUUUUAUUCUUUCCAUGAGGGGAUGGACUUCUCGGAACCGGUGGGCGCUUCUGUCUCCGCCUCCGCUCGGCUCCGUUUCACAGUUGUUCUGCGUUUACCAGCAGCAGUCAGGAUGUCUAUCUCCAUGUCUAAAGCCGAUGGAGUCGCUGUUUUCACCGUGACCUCUGACACCAAAAGUUCCUGGCCUCCACUGUGCCAGAUCUUGAAGGCGCUCUGCUACAGCCCAGUGUGCUGCAGCGUGUCUGAGCGCCUGAGGAGGAUCCAGGGAUCGUCUCAGACGUCGCUGGGGAUUUUGCAGAUAAUCGUUGGGCUGCUCAACAUUGGACUUGGAAUAAUCCUGCGUGUCACUGAGGUCUAUUUGUUUUCAGUGACUUACAUGUUAAGUCCAGUUUGGUUGGGGAUACUGUUCAUGCUAUUUGGCACCGUGUGCAUUUUGUCUGAGAAGUUCCCCAGUCCGUGUCUGGUCACCAUCAAUGUGAUCUCAAACCUUGCAGGAGUUGCCUUUGCGAUCACAGCUAUUGUUCUCUACUGCAUCAGCAUAGGAGACAUUUAUUUCUGGAGGGACUGUAGCGCUCGCUCCUGGUAUUACGAUAGAUGGCCGACACCUUCUCCAACUCCAUCUUCUUCUGUCAGGGAAAUCACGGACAAAUGCUUGUGGUACAAGUCAGAAGUUCUGCUGUUACUCAGAGGCAUCAUCGGGGUCCUGAUCGUCCUGUGCACCCUGCAGCUCUGUGUCACCAUUAGCGGCUGCAUCCUAGGCAUCAAAGCUCUGUGCAAGAAUAAAAACAAGGACACCGAGGACCCAGAACUCUACAAACCACUGACGGAGAAUGAGGCCACCGAAUGAUCUGCUCAGUGACGUCAUCAUAUGCACCUUCAGCUGGUGGGCCUGUGUGCACCAUCAUGCUCCGUCCUUCACAAAUCACUUGUGUUCAUUUUCACUGCUUCCACUGCAAUAGUGUGUUUUUCUGUGGAUUGUAGGGGAUAAAGGGUGUGUGGCAUAUUUGAGAAUUACAACCAUGAAUAUUUGUGCUCUUUCUGCGUGACUCGGUAUAAACAAGCUGUAAGGUGAGGACGUUUACCAUUAAUCGUAAUAAAUCGUCUCUGUGCGUAUGUUGAUGACACGGUGGCAGCGUGUUUGCAGAUACAAAGGUCACUGCCUCACACAGAUUGUAAAGUAGCUGCAACUCAGUUCUGCUUUGCAAGAGACACAAACAUCUGGAUUAUUUUUAUACAUGAAUGUAAUUAUGUUUCUAAAUCAAAUCACCCAGAAACUAAACCUGAACAUUAUUUACAGGAUAAUGUGUAACUUCUUGAACUGAAAUCAUAACAUUCUGUAUUUGUGCCUCCUUGUGUGUUUUUCUCUGAUAAUUUUCUUCUUCCAAGGAUUAAAGGUGUUAACAGAAA